GACAGUAACAGGCGGGGACGAGCUACAAUUAGCUGGCGUGACAACAGCUGUUGGGGGUUAAAGGGGCCAGGGGGCGGAGCGUAUGUAUGGGAGGAAUCCGGAGCCCCUGCUAGCACCUGCUGCGUAUGCUUUGGAGAGACGGACACCGGGCUGUCAGGUCUGGGAUCCACAAGAGCCUCUCCUGAAGGAGAAAGUGACUGCGGCUUGAGAGGCUUCCUGUGGGAAGAGCUUUGUGUGUUGGCAGAGAAGGCUGGAGCACAAGGAUGAUGGAUCGGUAUAAGAUCCCACGCACCAAAGAGCUGGAGUUUGGAGGGCCCCUGGGAGCCAUGAUCCUCAUCUUUCUCAUGCCAGCUACUGUCUUCUAUCUUCUGCUGACGUGUCGCACUGAGCAAGCCAGCGUGCUGAACUUCCCACCCUCCCUGCCACCUCUGAGCACCCUGUGGAGCUCCCAUACCUUCCUGCUGCUCCUGGCUUGGGUGGGACUCCAGGCUGCCCUCUACAUGCUGCCUAUGGGGAAGGUCACAGAAGGGAUCAUCCUUCGAGACAAGAGCCGGCUCCAGUAUCGCAUUAAUGCUUUCCAUGCGAUGGGGGUCACGGCCCUGGUGGUGGGGGCUGGACUGGCAGCCGGGCUGCGCCUCAGCUACAUCUAUGAUCACUUCCUGCAGUUGGCUUUCUCGGCCUUGCUGCUGGCCUUCAGCCUCAGCUUCCUCCUCUACUUCAAGUCCCUCUUUGCCCCAGAGACAACACUGGCGCCAGGCGGGAACUCGGGGAAUCCUAUCUAUGACUUCUUCAUGGGCCAUGAGCUGAAUCCACGCAUUGGCUCCUUCGACCUGAAGUAUUUCUGCGAGCUGCGGCCAGGCCUCCUGGGCUGGGCACUGGUGAACAUGGCCAUGCUGGUGAAAGAGACUGAGCUGCGGGGCAGCCCCUCACUGGCCAUGCUCCUGGUCAAUGCCUUCCAGCUGCUGUAUGUGGUGGAUGCACUUUGGAAUGAGGAGGCCAUCCUCACUACCAUGGACAUUGUACACGAUGGAUUUGGCUUCAUGUUGACCUUUGGGGACCUGGCCUGGGUGCCCUUCAUCUACAGCCUGCAGGCCUACUUCCUGGUCAACCACCCACAGAAGCUGAACCUACCCAUGGCUGCCGGGAUCCUCUUGCUCAAUGGUCUGGGCUACUGCAUCUUCUGCAGCGCCAAUUCCCAGAAGAACACUUUCCGCAGGAACCCCAACGACCCCAGAGUAACUGGUCUCAAAACCAUCCCCACUGCCACGGGCCGGCAUCUCCUGGUGUCUGGGUGGUGGGGGUUUGUGCGCCACCCCAACUACCUGGGGGAUCUCAUCAUGGCUCUGGCCUGGUCUCUGCCCUGUGGCCUGACACACGUCCUGCCCUACUUCUACGUCUUCUACUUCACCGUGCUGCUGAUUCACCGGGAGGCCCGGGAUGAGCACCAGUGCCUGCGGAAGUAUGGGCUUGCUUGGCAGGAGUACUGCCAGCGAGUUCCCUACAGGAUCUUCCCUUACCUUUACUGAGAUGUGUCCCAGCACAUCUUGCCCCAUGCAGACCCAAGCACGACCACUUACAUCUGCACACCUUUGCUCCAAAGGCUGGUAGGACACCUCUGUCCUUACCACUGGGGCACAUUGUCAUCCUCUACUGCAUCUAUGCUGUGACACUGUCCACGCUGAGUCAGUGCCAAACACCCACUCAACCAGUCCCCAAAGGGGAUUAAAUCCAUCUUCCUGGAAGUGAGAGAACAAUCCUGCCAGUGUAUUCCAUGGAGCUAUGCACUGUCUAGUUUUAAAUGGUUCAUACAAUGCAGCUCCCAACUGGUCCCUGAGGGAGAGAAGAUCAUCUCGUAAUGGAGCUUUCUUCUUCGUUAUGGAGUAAAUCCAGACCCCAGAGCAAGUGGGGAGACUCUUCCUCCUUCUGAACAUCCACAGUUGAAGUUGCUUUGACCAGCUGUGUCCUAAACACCAUCAGCCCUAUCUGCACACUAAUGCUCGCUUACCAUCACUACUGCCCAAAGGCAGCUUGGGGCUACGCCAAGCUUUGCCACUGAACACUAAAGAGGAACUGCAACCAAAUCAAGGCAAAUGGCAGUACCUAGAUGACAAGAUGCUGCCCCCAUGGCAAUUUCCCCCAUGGAACUAUAGACUUGUUUGUGGAGCUGCCUGAAUUCACAGGAAGUGGAUGGCUCAUGGAAGCUGAACUUAUGUCUUAGAGAAGCUGCCACUCCACCCACCUUGUGCCUACACUGAAAUAGAAAGCCAUUGUGCCACAGAGUGGGUGCAGAAAUUGAACAGACUCAAAGUGCUUUGCAAACUGCUACGUGUGAUUAGCAGGUGAUGGUACUCGCUCCAUCCUGGAGUCUAGAAGACCCACACACAACAAAGUUGGGUAAACACAUGGGAAGUUGUCCACACUCAUGGCCUUACACCAGAGGUGGGCAAACUUUCAAGGUACAGGAGGGGGCUCUGGGUUGGGGCAGGGAGUUGGGGGUGUGGGGGUUGAGGACUCCAGAUGGAGGUGCGGGCUCUGGGGUGGGGCUGGGGAUGAGGGGUUUGGUAUGUAGGAGAGGGUUCCAGGCUGGGACCAAGGGAUUUGGAGGGUGGGAGGGGACUCCAGGCUGGGGCAGGGGAUUGAGACACUUGGGGGGGAGGGAGGAAGGGCUCCGACUGGUGGUGCAGGUUCUGGGAUGGGGCUGGGGAUAAGGAGUUUGGGGUGCAGAAUGUUGGGAAUCCUUAAAGGGAUGAUGAUAAGACAGAAAAUAUCAUAUUGCCUGUAUAUAAAUCCAUGGUACAUCCACAUCCUGAAUACUGCAAAUGUGGUUGCCCCAUCUCAAAAAAGAUGUAUAGGAACUGGAAAAGGUUCAGAAAAGGGCAACAAAAAUGAUUAGGGGUAUGGAAUGGCUGCCAUGUGAGGGGAGAUCAAUAAAACUGGGAUUUUUCAGCUUGGAAAAGAUUACUAAGGGUGGGGGGGAUAUGAUAGAGGUCUAAAAAAUCAUGACUGGUAUGGAGAAAGUGAAUAAGGAAGUGUUGUUUAUUCCUUCUCAUAACACAAGAACUAGGGGUCACCAAAUGAAAUUCAGAGGCAGCAGGCUUAAAACAAAGUGUCUUUUUUUUUUUUUCCCCACACACAACACACAGUCAACCUGUGGAACUCCUUGCCAGAAGAUAUUGUGAAAGCUAAGGCUAUAACAAGGUUCAAAAAAGAACUAGAUAAGUUCCUGGAGGAUAGGUCCCUCAAUGGCCUUGAGCCAGUAUGGGCAGAGAUGGUGUCCCAAGACUGUUUGCCAGAAGCUGGGAAUGGGUGACGGGGGAUGGAUCAUUUGAUGAUUACCAGUUCUGUUCAUGGCAUCUGGCAUUGGCCACUGUUGGAAGAUAGGAUACUGGGCUAGAUGGACCUCUGGUCUGACCCAGUAUGGCCAUUCUUAUGUACAAUAAAACCCACAAUGUUUUUUAUAAUGGCACUAGAUGUUUGAGCUGCAUUCCUCUGUGCUUCACUCAAGCUUAAAGCAUCGUCUUCCACGAGGGACCACAAUGGAGCUUACUGCAUGAUUGGUAAGGCUUUAAUGAAAGUCUAACAAUAUUACAACCACUUACAGUUAGCUGCAAGCUCAUUGCAGGCUUCACCCUGGACAUCUGAGAAUGGAGCAUGCCUGAAUUCUCCUCUGCUGCUUGUAAGGAGGUGACAGCAGAAAGGUCAGCCCAACAGAUGCAUGGGUCAUGAUGAGAUGGAGGGUGUCUUCACUGCAACAGUUAGCUCAAAUGAGUACACUGGAGUUACUUGAGCUCAGCUAGAGCGAGAGUAUGUCUACACUGCAAUUGAAUGUGAGUGCAGCCUAGACUGGUAUAGCCACACUACCUUUUAAUCUAGCUAACGUGGCUAAAAAUAGUACUGUGGAUGUGUGGGCUUGUGCAGCAUGUGCUGCUGCAUCUUCACUAUUCUUAGCCAUGCUAGCUCGAGUAAAGCUAAUGCAGGCAUGCCCACCCAAGCUGCAAUCAUGCCUCGGAAAGCAGCGUAGACGUACACUGAGAGCAACUGCACUGUGACACAAUACUGGAGCUGUACAGGGUGAUUGGAUUAGCAGUUGAUGUGCUGCUCUAACUCAAGAUGCUGCAUUACUAGCUUGAGUGGCAGCAGCACUCCUGCUUCAACUUCCAACCCCUUACAGGCCAGCUAGCUUAAUUUUAAAGCACCACUUAACACAUGUUAGGAGAUUUGUGUGUGGACAGGAGGCAGGUUAGGAGCAAAACUUGACUUAAACCUUGAGCUAACAUCAGAAAGAAGACAAGCCCCAAAGCGAGAGAAUCACAGCUGGGAGUCUGUUUUGGCUUGAAGGGGAAUAAAAGUUUGGUUUGCUGUGUCUGUAAGGGCCUGAUUAAUUUUAAGGCCUGGGGAAAUUCCCCUUUUGGGGAAUGCUGGAGUGUGGUUUUGGACAAUGCACUGCCGUGACAAUGAUUUUAUUAAAUGCAGUCUCCAUCUGG